CGCCAUUGUUCCGCCAAGGGAGGUCAGCGGGGCCUGGCGCCGAGACGCCGCUUAGCGGCCGCCACUGGAGACACUCCCUCCCGCCGCCCCCCUCCUCCUGGCGGCGGCGGCGGAGUGAGGCUGACAAGGGGGGACAGGGAGCCCCCUCUCCUCCUGGCGGCGGCAGCGGCCGAUCCCCGGCUCCGGCGCGAGGGGCGGCCGCGAUGCGCUCGGCCUGAGGCAGUCGGCUCGGCCCUUCCUGGCUCCCCGUGACUGUUCCACGGCGUCUCUGCGGCCCAGCGUCAUCCCGCGAGUCCCUCUGACAGGAGGGAAGAUGGCUGCACCGAGCUGGCUGGACGAGCUGGCCCAGCGGGCCGAGGAGGCCUCGGCCCGGCUGCGGGAAAUGCUCUCGGUCGGCCUAGGCUUUCUGCGCACCGAGCUAGGCCUCGACCUGGGGCUGGAGCCGAAGCGGUACCCGGGCUGGGUGAUCCUGGUGGGCACGGGCGCGCUCGGGCUGCUGCUGCUCUUCUUGCUCGGCUACGGCUGGGCCGCAGCUUGCGCCGGCGCCCGCAAGAAGCGGAGGAGCCCGCCCCGCAAGCGGGAGGAGGCGGCGGCCGCCCCGGCCGCGGCCCCUGACGACCUAGCCCAGCUGAAGAAUCUCAGGAGCGAGGAGCAGAAGAAGAAGAACCGGAAGAAAUUGCCCGAGAAGCCCAAACCAAAUGGACGGACUGUUGAAGUGGCUGAGGAGGAAGUUGUCCGAACUCCUCAAAGUGUAACAGCAAAGCAGCCGUUAGAGACAGACAAGAAAAAUGAAAAGUCAAAGAAAAAUAAGAAGAAAUCAAAGUCAGAUGCUAAAGCAGUGCAAAACAGUUCACGCCAUGAUGGAAAGGAAGUUGAUGAAGGAGCCUGGGAAACUAAAAUUAGUCACAGAGAGAAACGACAGCAGCGUAAACGUGAUAAGGUGCAGACUGAUUCUGGUUCAUUGGAUUCAACUAUCCCUGGGAUAGAAAAUACCAUCACAGUUACCACCGAGCAACUUACAACUGCAUCAUUUCCUGUUGGUUCCAAGAAGAAUAAAGGUGAUUCUCAUCUAAAUGUUCAAGUUAGCAACUUUAAGUCUGGAAAAGGAGAUUCUACACUUCAGGUUUCUUCAGGAUUGAAUGAAAACCUCACUGUAAAUGGAGGAGGCUGGAAUGAAAAGCCUAUAAAACUUUCCUCACAGAUCAGUGCAGGUGAGGAGAAGUGGAACUCUGUUUCACCCACUUCUGCAGGCAAGAGGAAAACCGAGCCAUCUGCUUGGAGUCAAGACACUGGAGAUGCUAAUGCAAAUGGAAAAGACUGGGGGAGGAGUUGGAGUGACCGUUCAAUAUUUUCUGGCAUUGCUGCUUGGUCUAGUGUGGAUAGGGGAAUGAAUACCUCUGAACAGAAUUCUGCUUCUUUUGCAUCUCUCACACUUAACUCUGCUGUUUCUGGGUCUACUGCUGAGCCAGUUUCUCAGUCUACCACUUCUGAUUAUCAGUGGGAUCUUAGCCGUAAUCAGCCCUAUAUCGAUGAUGAAUGGUCUGGGUUAAAUGGUUUGUCUUCUGCUGAUCCCAGCUCUGAUUGGAAUGCACCAGCAGAGGAGUGGGGGAAUUGGGUAGAUGAAGAAAGAGCUUCACUUCUGAAGUCCCAGGAACCAAUUCCUGAUGAUCAAAAAGUUUCAGAUGACGAUAAAGAAAAGGGAGAGGGAGCUCUUCCAACCGGGAAAUCUAAAAAGAAAAAAAAGAAAAAGAAGAAGCAGGGUGAAGAUAACUCUCCUGCACAGGAUACAGAAGAAUUAGAAAAAGAGAUUAGAGAAGAGCUUCCAGUGAAUAGCUCUAAAGUCCGUCCAAAACAGGAAAAAUCUUUUUCUUUGAAGACCAUAAGCACUAGUGAUCCAGCUGAAGCACUUGUCAAAAAUAGCCAGCCUAUCAAGACUCUUCCACCUGCUGUUUCUACCGAGCCAUCUGUUACUUUAUCCAAAAGCGACGCUGACAAGAGCUCUUCCCAAGUGCCACCAAUGCUGCAAGAGACAGACAAAGCCAAGUCGAGUACUAAGCAAAAUAGUGUGCCUCCUUCACAGACCAAGUCUGAAACUAGCUGGGAAUCUCCCAAACAAAUAAAAAAGAAGAAAAAAGCCAGACGGGAAACGUGAAUAUUUUUUUUCCUGAAUUGGACAUGUGUUUGCAAACACUGUCUUGAAGAUUAUGCUGUUUAUGCAAUAAUUUGUGAACAUGUACAGAGUUUUAUAUAAAUUUAAGCCAAUUUUUAAAACAAAACUGUGAACACAACCACCGUAAAAAUGGAAUCAAAGGAAAGUUAAUUUAUGAAAUUAAGAGGUCAGCAGAAUAUACUACAGUGCUGGAAGACACUUGGGGAAAGUCUUUUCCAUUUAACAAGAACGAUCUUAAGAAUAUUAUCCUGGUUUUACAGCAGUGCCCUGUUUACAACAGAUUGUGCCCUAUCUCAUCUGCAGCUGAGGAAUAAAGGAUUUUGAUUAGAAAGAGGGUUGCCUACAAAUCAGCGGGCAGCUUCUUGGAUCUUAUGCACGGAACUUAUACCAUUUGAGUCUGUUUUAUGCUUAAAUCAAAGUGCUUUGAUCAUAUGCAUAAUCUGCCAUAUCUUUACAUAUUUGUUGGUAGCAAUUUGUAUUAAAGGAAUCACAAGUGCAAAUAAAAAGUCGUUUAUCAUUUGUUUAACUAAACUGUCGUGGUUUAGUUUACAGUUUUUAAAAAGUUCUUAAUUAAAACAUUGAAAAUGCAGUAGACACUUGUAUGGCUUAUCAAGUUAGUUUUGAUAGUCUUAUGUUACUUGAAUUGUUCAAAGUACAGUAUAUUUUAAAUUAAGAAAGGUAAACUGUAUUUGUUUCAUACUUUUAGGAUUCAGACUCACAAACAAUGCUCUUGUUUAUGAUUUGAAAGCUUUCAGGCAAAAUCCAACGUAACAUUUUUCCUUUCCCUAGCAAUUGCUUUUUUCCAGCGUUAACUCUUCUUCAUUACUAAUACUUUUUGACUUUAAAAAUUAAAUCUUUCACAAACUAGUUAUACAGGCAAAAACUUUGAGUAUAUGAUGGAGAAUGAAAAACUAGAGUCAGACAGCUUUAAUUGACAUUGUCAAGACCUCCAGUUAUCAGGAAUACAUUUUUUUACUGCCUUAACCUGUAGUGCGUAGAAUAUGCAUCAAUUUCUUGAAGGGGAUUCAUGUUUUUAUAAGAAUUUUCAUGUAAUUAUUGCAAUUGUGGUCAAAUAAGGAACGUUUCCUGCUUGAAACUGUAUUGAUUUAAAUGAUGUGUGAGAUGUUUCACCAUUUUCAGGCACUGUGUAAUUUUAUUGUAAUAAACUGGCAGGUAUCUUUGUAACUAUAAAUAGUGCAUGUUCAGCCAUGUACACUGUAAAUAGCCUUUACCAAACAUGUUUGACAAGGACCAUAAUUAACAUCACUUAGUGAAUUGUGAUAAAGAAAAAAAGCCAUGAUAUAUUGGAUGUGAUUGGCUUAAUUGUUUUUAUGUGGCAGCAAGAAUGAAACCGUUUAACAGCUGUAACCAAUGGUACUGAUCUAGCCAUCCAAUGUUGUCUUUAUUAUAUUUAAUUGUGGUUUGAUAGUAUUGCAUUGUCAGACUAGGAAAGCUAAAAGAAACAAAAUGGUUUUAGUUUUGCUGAAGACUGGCCUUAUUAAUGGACAGCUUUCCUAACAAGCGAUUAUUAACUAUGAUCAGGUGUUAACAUCUGUUUCAGGAACAUGGCAGUAUGUUUACAUGUCAGAAGUUUUGUUUAUGAUAUUUCUAAAUUGAUUUGUUUAAAUAAAUUCAGCAAAUGGAUAGCAUUGUUUUUAUUUGCUUUGAUAUCGGGGUAAAUAAGCUAAAGUGCCCGGAAUGGAUUUCUUCAAAUGACUAUAUUUUGUUAGCUUUACAUAGGUGUUUCCUAAAUACAUCCAAGGAUUCCUAAGUUUCCAGCACUUUGUAAAGGUAUCACAAAGGAGAAUUCAGUAGGGAGUCUGUAAUUUUAGAAUGUGCUGAAAGAUCUACACUCAAAAAAUUUAACUGAACUCUCUCAACUCUACCUCACCAUUUCUUUAUCUUGGAAUUUUGUUGGCUAUGUGAAAUGUUGGACGUUAUUUCUCCAGCUUAGUAUGUCCCAUUCAACCACCUUCACCAAGUAAGUGUUAGACACACUGUCUUUUGAGGAGAGAUGUAGGGUGGAGAUGGAGAAGUGCGUUGCUAAAAUGGGGUGAAUCCAGUAUGGAGAUACCACUGUCCCUUCUCUCUGGCUCAAGAGCUAGGACAUGGAUUUUAUGUUUUAAGAGAUGGCAGCUCUGAGUGAUAAAAUUAAUAAAUUUAUUCUCUUUCACACUCAUGGGGUGCAGACUCUUGCCCAAUUAAAGUAUCGUUGUUCAUUGCUCUUGACCUGUUGCAAAAGAUCUUUAUGUGACAUUAAAACAGUUUCUGGAAUCUGAACACAGGAACUGUUCUCCAUCAUGACCUCAGAAGGCACUAAAAUCAAGAUAGAGAUUCAGGAAGGAGGGAAGAGAGGAGCCUGUUGUCCUUUGGAGGCUUUGAUUAGAUGCUUCUGAUAACUGAUCCCUUUAGGCUUUGUCAGGCCUGGAGGGAAAACUUGUUCUGAUUAGCAAACAAGGCCUCCUAGAAAAACUACUUAAAAAUCUCCCCAAUCCGGACCUGUCUCCACAUACUUACUGAAAUCCUUCCCUAUUCUGGAGCAGGGAGUUGGGGUUUAGGAUGUCCCCAGACUGGAUCCUACCUAUCCAUACCCUCGAUUGAGUAAAACAAUAGUUGAGAGAGUCCAAAAAAAGAGUACUGAAAUAAACUGUCGUGAACGUAAUUUACCACGUUUACCUUGUGCAUGCAUUCCAUUGGGGUUGGGGGCAGUGGAAAAGAAUUCAUCCAAAUCUAAUGGUAUUAUUUCAUAAGCUAAUCUGGUUUGUAUUUGGGUUAAAGAUAUUGAAGGGCAAUAUUUAACUACAGAGUUUAGUUUUUCUUAAUUGAAAACGGUCCUUUAUUAAUAUAGUGUGAAAUAUCUUUCAAAAUGUAGAAUUUAAGUUUAAGAUGUCUAAUAGAUGUCUUAAGACUUUCCUGUAAACUCAUUGCACAAACUGGAAUUACUUUCCAACAGACUUAGGGAAUGCAAAUAUGUUAUUUGUACAAUGCAUUGAGUAUUGUAAAUAAAACAAACCAUUUUUGUUUUGUUUAAAUUGCUCGUUAUAGUUCUCUUCUGGGAAGGGACUUCUCAGUCAUUUUGCAUUCUAAGCUAGUGUAAAGGCAAUUCACUCUUUGAUGUUCUUGAUGUUUCUUUCUAAAACCAUGAAUGCACUUGCAGGCUUUACCAGUGGGAAGUCAAAUAUUUGGAGAUAAGCCCCUCUGAAAAUGUCGCUGUUUGUGACACACAAUGCUCUCUAUGGGAAACAGCUUCCAUCUUACAUCAUCUUAGCAAUAGGUAUAACUGCCACCAGGUGCAGUAUAGCACUUCUAUCAACCUUUAGGUUAAGGAAAUCAGGCUCAAGUUUGGCUGCGUCCCCAAAUAGUAGUGACUUAAACAAGGUAGUUUAUUUCUCUUGCAUGUAAAAGUCUGGGAAUGCAGUCCAGGGCUACUAUGAAAACCCAAGGUCAGGGAUCCAGCUUCCUUCUGUAUUGCCCCUCCCUGUUCUCAGCAUGUGACUUUCAUGUGCUGGUUGUAGACAGCUGCACCAGCUAGAAACCUCCUAUCAACGUUUCUGGCCCCUUCUUUUAAGAACUCUUCUUACGAGUUAUUCACACCACAUAGUCUUAUCAACCCAUACUUAAAUCAUUUGAUCCUACUAGUUACAAAGGGGGAUGGGAAAUAAUAGUCUUUAUUCUGUGCUGUCGGGCCAAAUUAACAUUUUAGGAUUCAUACUGAGGAAGCAGCAGAGAAUUGGAUGUCGGGCACAGCUGGCAGUCUCUAUCACAGGGUUGACAGACGCUAUGUAUAUCCUGCACCCAAGCAUCAUUUUUAAGGUCAGGUUUUAGCUUUUCCAACUGAGCAGAAAUUUUGAAAUCUCUUGGCUGCUGCUCAGAGUAGCAACUAAUAAUGUUCCAACUUAUAGGUAAUAGAUUCUGGAAACUUCCGCCACUCAAUGACUGCUUUAAAUUCUAGAGACAGAAAGGCUGAAAGAAACUUGAGUAGCCUGCUAUCACACCAAUACUGCAAAUAUAGAUUAUAGCAAGUUUCAAUAGAAAAAUUACCUGGUGUAUAAAGUAAUCUUAAAAAAAAAAAAAAGCAUUACUAUUCUUUCUAAAUACUUUAACAGAAUGAUUUCUAACCCUAGCAUCAAGACAGGUAUAUGAGGUGCAUUGUAAGAUGUUUGCUAACUAAUAAUAGUUACAGUACUGAGAUUUAUGAAUAGACUAAUUUGAAGAAAGAUGUAAGCAGAUUCAAGGUCAUCUCCAUGGUAAUGGCAUUGUUAUUUGUAUAUGUGUGCUUUUCUUUUUUAUUUGUUGUCUCAAAGCAUUCAAAAUGGAUGUAUGUAACAUGUACAUAAAUUAUAAAGCAUAAUAAAAUGAACGCCUCUGAAACCACCA